AGGCACACAUUCCACACACCAGAGAACAGUCAACAAAUGACUGAAGUCGAUGUCGUCUUGCCGGAGGGCGUGGCAGAGCCCACAACAAAGCUUGCCAGCGCAUCAAGUCCGACCAGAGGGAAGACCGACAUUGAAGAGAGCUCCACAGAGGCGGUAGAACUGGUCGACGAUGAGGAGAAGGCAGAGUCGGAGCCAGAGCCCGAGUCACGAGCCGGUGCUGAACCAGAGCCAGCUGCCAAGGAGGUGGAGGUGUCUUCCGGUGACAAGGAAAUCACAAAAGAGGCCGUUGCCGAGGCCUCGCCAGCUCCAGAAGAAGUGAUGGAUGUGAAUGAAACUGAAACCGUAACAGAGGAAGAAGACGGCGAGGACUCUCAGAUCACAAGCAGCAGUUCCAAAGAGCCCAAGCUGCCGGACGGUGAGGAAGAGAUGGAUACAGCGGAGGAGGAAACAGCGGCCACAACCAACGGCGAUCAUGAGCCAGAGGUUGAGGAAGACGAAGUGGAGAAGAUCGGCAGCACAGCUGAGAAUAGCUGCGAGGCCGAGGAUCCACUGGGAGCAGCCACAAUACAGCCCGACACAGAGGAGGAGGAGGCAUCGAGCGAAAAGAAAACGGGGCUGGCGGAUGAAUUGGAUGGUGAGGAGAGCAGCCAGCAAAGCGAGACCAUCAAGUCAGCCAGCGACGAGGAAGACGACGACGACGAGGAGGAGAGCAGCCGCGGGGAAAAAAAGGAAACGCUGAACGGGUUUGUGGCAAGUCCACAGAGUCCCGCGGCUAAGUCCAGCACCCAAAAGGAGAACGGACAGGCCAGCACUGCGGAGGCUAAGGCAGCGGCUACCAGCAACCACGACAUGAGUGUCGUUAAUCUGGACGAGGACAGCGACGAGGAAAUGGAAGAUAUGUCAGAUCUCAAGGAGCAGCCCGCCAAGCCAGCUUGCACCGAGAUGGCAGUGCAGCCGCCGCCUGUUUCGUCUAGCGGUGCCGAGUCUUCAGAUGAUGCAGUGCUGAUACCAUCGGACUCUGAUUCGGAGGCCGCAGCACCGCCGCCACCCAUCAAAAAGAGUCCAGUGGCUGCUGUAGCGCCCAAGCCAGCGCCACCACCUCCGCCGCCUGUGCUGGAUGACGAUGACGACGACGAUGACUGCGUGGUCAUUGAGGACGAUACGCCGCCAAGUAUUUCGAUGAGCGGAUUGGCUGGCAAGCGGAAGAGCGACCUCCACCUGGACGACAUGCACCAGCAGCCGAGCAACAAGAGGCAAAGGAGUAGCACGCCCCUGGGCCUGGGCCAGCUGACCAUAAAGGAUGCCCGCUCGCUGAUGCCACACGAAGCUUCCACGGGGUCCGUGGGACCCAGGGACUCCAUCUAUCCAGUGACCAUAACAAAUGCGGCGACUGGGGCGGCCACCAAUCUCGGCUUGACGCCGCCCAAGCUGGCGCCCAUGUCGGGAAACAACGCGAAUCCCCAGCUGAAUCCCCCGACCCUGUCCCUCACGGGCCUGCCCAGCAUGACCAACAACGCCAAUCUCCUGCCAGGACUCACUGACGACAUGUUCGUCCUCGAGGCGCCAUCGUUCAUUGUGCCCUACAUCUACGAGAAGCCGCCCCACGAGAACAUUCGCGAGGUCAUCAGAUCCAUUGAGACGACGUACGCGCUGUCGCCCGAAGAUCUCGCCGAGGCGGUUAAGGGCGACGAGUUCGACAUGAUGACCGAGCAGAACAAGGAGGUGAAGCCAGCGGACCCCUCCGCCGAGGGCAAGAAGAAAAAGAAGCGCGGAGACGAUGAGUCGUGGUCGGAGCAGUCGGAUGACGAUGACGAUGAUGAGGACGACGAUGACUCGGAGUCCGGGGUGCGCACCAAGGUACUAAUCAAGGAGGCCAAUGAUGACCUGACUGCCCUCAAGGGAGCCAUCAAGCCAGCCGCAGCACUGGCGGCCACAGGUGGAGUGGUGCCGGCCACCAAUGCGGCAAACAGCGGCAAGCCCGGCCAGGAGAAUUACUUUGAGAGUCCGCUGGGCAAGUUCUUCAUGGACAUUGGCGUGGGUCUCGUGCAGGAGUAUGUCCAGGCGGAUCUGUUGCGACUACAGAAGCGCAAGAUGCGCAAAUCGCUCACGCGCGAUCCCAAGGACUUUGAGAUGGCAAUCACCGCGCUGUCGGGCAACCUGCAGGCCUCCAAGACGAAAAACGCACCCUUCAAGUUCACGAUGAAGCGCUGCGAGUUCUGCAACUUCAAGUCGGAGUCGGCCCUCUCCAUGGCCAACCACUACGAGACGCCGCACAUGAACGGCGUGCUGUACAAAUGCAAUUUCUGCACCUUCGAGAUUCGCAAUGCCACAGAAAUUGUCUACCACAUGGAGGCGGUGCACAACAUCAAGGCGCGCCUGAUCAAGCCACUGCCCUACCACCAGUGCCCCAACUGUGGCUUCGAGGACAACGGCAAGGCCAAGCUGGCACGCCAUCAGCCGGUGUGCGCCAAGAAGUUCCGACCGGAAUUGAAUCUGGCGCCACCCAACGACUGGGAGGCACCCGCCAAGAUACCACGAAUCAAGCCCAGACAUGGGCUUGUGGGCACAGCCACCGCCUAUCAGGCCAUGGCUGCACAAGCAGCGGCGCAAAAGGCUGCAUUGGCCACCAUUCAACAGCAGCAGGCGCAGGCUCAAGCAAGGAAUCUGCAGGCGGCUGCCCUGGCCGCGCAGAAUGCGGCCAAGAUGCGACAACGUGCCCCGCCGCCACCUAAGCCCAAUAUGGUGCGAAGUCCUCAGACGCCAGUGCGCGGAGCCGUGGCCAAUACGGGACUCGCCACAAUGCCCAAUAGCUACCAGCUGGCCGCGGGACAGCUUGUCCAGCAGGCAUCCAAGAAGCCGAUGGCAGGACAGCCCAGCAUUUCCAUAACGCCAUUACCUCGCCAAAGUGCGCUCGUCGGUGGUGCGUCGCCCUCGUCCAGCAAGGUGCCGCAAACGGCAGCUGGCAUGAAGCCCGGCCAGACGCCCCCAGGCAACAACAAGGCUCAGUUUGUCAUCUGCGAGAUAUGCGAUGGCUACAUCAAGGAUCUGGAACAGCUGCGCAAUCACAUGCAGUGGAUGCACAAAGUGAAGAUACAUCCCAAGAUGAUCUACAAUCGACCGCCACUGAAUUGCCAAAAGUGUCAGUUCCGCUUCUUUACGGAUCAGGGACUGGAGAGGCAUUUGCUGGGCUCCCACGGCUUGGUCACCAGCUCCAUGCAGGAGGCGGCCAACAAGGGCAAAGAUGCCGGUCGCUGUCCCGUUUGUGGCAGGAUGUACCAAUGGAAGCUGCUGAAUCACGUAUCGCGCGAUCAUCACAUGACCCUGAAGCCCGCACAUUUAUCGUACAAGUGCACCGUGUGCACGGCCACCUUUGGGAUGUACAAACAGUUCGAAACGCAUGUGUACACCGCCCACAGCACGGUGGCCCGCAAGGCGAUGGACAGCAAGAAGAGCAGUGCACAGUCCAGUGGCUCCACCUCUGCGUCCAUAUCGCGUUCCCUGGGUGCUGCCAACGACUCGCUGCUGAAGCCGCUGAAGAUCAACGAUGAGAUCACCAUCAUACCACAGCCCGCAUCGAAGCCACGCAUCACAAAUAUGGAGAGUCAUGUUAUAGAUUAAACAGAGCUGAGUUGGAUCAACCAAAAACCUAAUCUCGCAUAGUUUUCAGCAUUGGCAGGCGCUUUACCAUUAGGUUUAGUUUUCUAAGGCAGAUCUGUGACCUCGUCCACGUUCCCACAACGAUGUGUAGCACGGGUCAAAUCCAUUUAGUUUCGUAAGCCGCAAAGUGUAUAAAAGUGUAAGGAAAAACAAGAGUGUUGGUAUAUAGUAGCCCCCCAAACCGUUCCCUUUCCCUUUGUCCCGGCAUAAACUAAAGUAAAUUAUGAUACAUUUAAAUCUUUCACACACACCAGCUAGCUAUCCAGGAGACACUAACUUAAACGAUAAAUCAGAAGUACUAUUGUAAUUACGGAUUACGGACUAUAUUUAUGCAACGUUUUAGAGUGUGGACUGUGUUGAAGUUGUAGCUACUACUAAUAUACAUAUAUGAUACAUAUACGAUGAUACAUACACACACAAAUACGAGUACAUUUAGCUGUAGACUAUAUAUAGUGCAUAAAUAUAACUUAAGCAUAUAUUUCGAAAGUGAAAGAUAGCCGCCAGAGCGCAUCGUCUGCAUGAUGACUAUGUAAAUUAGUUAAAAACUAAACAACUAUUUAUACGACAAACUUCGAGUAUCCAAAAUUGUGUGUGUUGCAGAAUGUAUAUACAUUUUGAAUGGCCCCGACCCGCAACCCUGACCCUAUCCAUAAUUCAAUAAUACCUGAACCCGUAAUAGAGCAUGUGUAGACAAGGUGGAGACUCCUUGCAACUGAUCUUAGAGACGGAGGUUCAACUCUUUAACUUAUAUUACUUAUUAGAACAUAAAGAUUAAAGCAUAUAUAUAUCAUCUACCCUAACUCUUAAGAUCAAUGUACUACAGUUAUAAAGCAACAAACAACAACAACAAAACACAACUGAAAAUGAGAAAAA